AUGGACAAAAAGGAAGAACUCUACAAGAAGCCUGGAAAUAAAACUAGAAACAUAGAUUGCAGUGAAAUUACUGCCGACCUUGAGUUCCAAGCUGAAAUUGUUGAGAAGGGGACCCCUGGCCUCAGCUUUGGCAAGAAGGAGAGAAAGGUGGGGUGGAACUCACAGCCAACCCGAGCGGUGAUCUUUGAAGACUGUGCUGUCCCCGUGGCCAACAGGAUCGGGGACGAGGGCCAGGGCUUCCUCAUUGCCAUGAGAGGACUGAACGGGGGGAGGAUCAAUGUCGCGUCCUGCUCUCUGGGCGCUGCGUAUGCUUCGGUCAUCCUCACCCGAGACCACCUCAAGGUCCGGAAGCAGUUUGGAGAGCCCCUGGCCAGUAACCAGUACCUGCAGUUCAAACUGGCGGAUAUGGUGGCCAGGCUGGUGGCCUCGCGGCUGAUGAUCCGCCACACAGCCGUGGCUCUGCAGGAGGGGCGUGAGGACGCGGUGGCCCUGUGCUCCAUGGCCAAGCUCUUCGCUACAGACGAAUGCUUUGCGAUCUGCAACCAGGCCCUGCAGAUGCACGGGGGCUACGGCUACCUGAAGGACUGCGCAGUCCAGCAGUACAUGCGGGACUCCAGGGUCCACCAGAUCCUCGAAGGCAGCAACGAAGUGAUGCGGAUACUGAUCUCAAGAAGCCUGCUGCAGGAGUAGCCCCUGGACUGAGGCUCCGAUGGGAGGAUCAGUGUCGAGUGGUUCCGUGUGGACGGCGCUGUCACAGUGAGUCCAGGACACGCUGGCGGGGCUGUGCUUGUCCAGGGCACCAUCACAGCGUCAGCUGGAGGGCGACAGCUGGAGGGCGGCAGCUGGAGGGCGGCACCUGGAGGGCGGCAGGAGCUGCCCUGGCUGGAACGUUACAAGAAGUCGUGCCGCCUUGUUUUCCUGACGCAGAGGGUGACUGGUGAACACUGACCACCAAACCACUGUCCUUUCCUGGAUCCACAGAGUCUUGAUUUGUCUGCCUUUUGCUGGUUCACCAGAUACCUCUUCUGGGAAUCUGGGUACUUCUGUUGAGGGUUUUUCCUGACUGUAAAGCAAAGGAGUGGGAAAGGAGGAAUGGAGAGAAAGUGUCUUCCUGUCUUUUUCUGUUCUUUGUGCUUCAGCUGAAGAUGCAGGUUUCUGUGGGCUGCUCUUCCUUUGCAGCAACUCCUCCUCUGAAUGUAAAUCAUGAUGAAAUGAGUGUUUGGAAAUCCUUCUAAGCUGUGAUUUAGGGCGUAUCUGCACUUCUGGACUAUCUGAAUAUCAAGGGCUGAGAUUAUUUGGAACUGUGAAUACUUGUUUUAGAAGCAUGUGGUCUGGGAAUGGUAUUCAAAGUUCCUGUAACAUUUCC